UGUUUUCUGCGGCCAUUCCUUUCUCUCUCUCUCUCUGUUUCUCUCUCUUCAAACCAGACAAGACACAGCUUCCUCCGUUAAUCCUCCAAACUUUCUGUUUUUGUGGAAACUGCCUUUUUGUCUCUUCCUAUCUCUCAAUCCAGAACAUACCCUUCAAUUUCAUCUUCCAAUUUUCCCCCUUUUCUUUUGCAUAAAGUUCAUUUUUUCUCUCUCAUAAUUUUCUUUGUGCCACCAUCAAGUUCUUUUCUUUCUUUUCUUUUUUUAAUCCCCCUCCUCCUUCCUCUUAUUCUCCUCCUCCAUGGUCAAUGGGGUCCUGUUUCUUAAGGGCUUCAAUUUUUGUUGAACUAGGUUGAUUCAAUGGGGUUACCUUUUGGAGGAAUGUAGCUGGAGGAGGUUCUUUUUAUGCUAUGAAUAAAGAAUUUCAUCCUCAUUCGUUAUGGGGAUGAUGCAAAUUCCAUAAAUUUGAUUCAAUCUUUUGUUCUUUCAAAAUUUAUUUUGUUUUCUAUACAAGCCAAUUUAGCUUUAUUAUAUCAUCUAGGUUCUCAAUUUUUAUUGGGUUUGGUUGGAAAUUGGAGGCAAGCUUGGAUUUUUUUUCUUCUUUUCUUUUUUCGUUUUGGACUCUGGUGAAUCUCUGUUGUUUGGGAUUGUGCACAAUCAAUUAGUGCAUUGAGGCACACAAAAUUGAGCAGAAAAAGGUCAUAGCAGUUGAUUAUCAUGGAUCAUAUUAUUGGUGGGAAGUUUAAACUUGGAAGGAAAAUUGGGAGUGGGUCUUUUGGGGAGCUCUUUAUAUGUGUUAAUAUACAAACUGGAGAGGAGGUUGCUUGUAAGCUGGAGCCUGUGAAGACCAGGCAUCCACAGCUUCACUAUGAGUCGAAAUUGUAUAUGCUUCUCCAAGGAGGAACGGGGAUUCCCCAUCUCAAGUGGUUUGGUGUUGAGGGAGACUACAAUGUCAUGGUUAUUGACCUCCUCGGUCCAAGUCUAGAAGAUUUGUUUAAUUAUUGCAACCGUAAGUUCUCAUUGAAGACAGUGUUAAUGCUUGCUGAUCAAUUGAUUAACAGAGUCGAAUAUAUGCAUUCAAGAGGUUUUCUUCACCGGGACAUAAAGCCAGACAAUUUUUUAAUGGGCUUAGGCCGCAAAGCAAAUCAGGUAUACAUUAUUGACUAUGGCCUUGCGAAAAAGUAUAGGGAUCUUCAAACUCAUAGACACAUACCAUACAGGGAAAACAAGAAUCUUACUGGUACAGCACGCUAUGCAAGUGUCAACACACAUCUUGGAAUUGAACAAAGCAGAAGGGAUGAUCUGGAAUCUCUUGGCUAUGUGCUCAUGUACUUCUUAAGGGGAAGUCUUCCCUGGCAGGGACUUAAGGCUGGCAACAAAAAACAAAAAUAUGAUAGAAUCAGUGAGAAGAAAGUAUCAACUCCCAUAGAGGUUCUCUGCAAAUCAUAUCCUGCUGAGUUUGUAUCAUACUUCCAUUACUGCCGUUCUUUGCGGUUUGAAGACAAGCCAGAUUAUUCAUAUCUAAAGAGACUUUUCCGUGACCUGUUUAUUCGAGAAGGCCAUCAAUUCGACUAUGUUUUUGACUGGACUGUACUGAAGUAUCCACAUGUUGGCGACAGCAGCUCUAGAGGGCGGAAUGGUGCCGGCAAGGCAGCUAUGAAUGCUGGGCCAACUGCAUACAAACCUGAAAAGAUCUCAGUUGGAAGAGAUAGCCGAGAGCAAUACGAUGUAUACGACCGGAGGAACCAAAUGACUAGCCCUCCUGUUGAUCACAUGAGAUACAGAAGUUCUGACGAUGUAGCAAUACACAGGGAUAUGCACCAUGAUGAAUAUGACGAAUACAAUACAACUCGUUAUGCGAGCACUUCAAGAAGGGCUAUAGUCACAUCAAAUAAGCAUGUUUCCUCAGGCGACUAUGGUUAUGCUGGGAUGACACCGAGUAGGGGCUACGGUGGGAUGACCCCAAGUAGAGGCUACGGUAACCCUGGCAUGACCCCAAGUAGGGGUCAUCCCACCGGUCAUGCCGGUAACCCUGGCAUGACCCCGAGCAGGGGCCAUCCAACCACCACACAUCGGAUUCAACCUAUUUAUGAGACCAAACCAGCAACUUUUACUCGCAAUGGAUCUACAAGACGCCAGCGUGAUGAAACUCUAAGGAACUUCGAGCACCUUAAUAUCAGGAAGUAAUCAAGUAAAGGGGGUGCACCUUGUCUUCUAAACUCCUAUAUUGCCCCGGGAAAUGCUCGAAUGGAUUUUAUUCAAGAACAAUCUCAAGCAUUGUUGAAAGAAUCAAAGUUCAUGUGAAUAUUAGUAUAUAUUACUGAAUCAACAAUGAGGUCAUUAAUGGUCAUUAAUGCCAUGAUCUCUUAAACCUCACCUUUUUUUUUUGUUUCCGACCGGGGGACUAUUUUCUGCCCCCCAUGCUUGCCCCUGAAGGUUACAAUGUGUUCUUUAAAAAACAUGCAAAAGGGAAUCCAACAAGAUUCUUGUUAUAUAAAAAUAUUUUAUUAUUAUUAUUAUAUAUACUA